AUUCUAAUGUUUAAAAAUAUUUUCUCUUCCAUUUGUAUACUUGUUUCACUGUAUUUCUAGUAGUAUAGAUUUUGUUGUUGUUUAACUUGGUUAAGGUUUGAAAAAUGCUUGGCUAUGAAAAUAGGUAAGAAUUUUUUUUAACUUAUUCACAGUUUUAUUUGAAAUUUAUGCAUUAGCCUUGCUAAGAAACCCCAAAGGGAGCUGGGCACAGUUGCAGACACCUGUGGCCUGGGAGGCUGAGGCAGGAGGAUAGCAAGUUCAAAGCCAGUCUCAGUAAUUUAGAGAGGCCCUGAGCAACUUAGUGAGACCCUGACUCAAAAUAGAAUGUAAAAAUGGAUAAAUAUGUGUGGCUCAGUGGCCAAGUGCACCCCUGGGUUUAAUGCCCAGUAUCAAAUAAAUAAAUAAACAAUAAAUAAAUAAAUAAAAUAACCUAAAGGGGCAUCACUCAUUUUACUAUCUCUGUUGUAGCACCAGGUAGAUUCUCUAGCCCAGAUUUUCAUUUCUUACUCUUCUUUCUAGCCUUACAAAUUCAGAUCUGCAUUGAUUUACUCAUCCUUUUCUAUCAUAAGCAUUUCCCAAAUCCUUAUUCAUGUGUCCAUCUCUGAUCUAGAGGAUAAGGAUACGUUAAUAAAUAAGGUUGAUCCCUUUAGAAGUGAUAUAUUCAAUAAGUAUUUCACAUUUAAUUAUGAUAAAUCCUGUAAUAGAGAUAGGUACAAAGUGGUGACAUAGGAUUUUUUAAAAAUCCAUUCUGCUUGAAGGAUUGGCAAGAUCUGUGAAAGGAUGGGCUGUGGGAACUGGGCUCCUGGACAGAAAAAGGAGAGUGGGAGUGGGCUGGGAGAGGCCAGGUGGAAGGACAGAGUGACUGAGUUGCAGCCAUUCCAGAGACAUGCAGUGGUCUGAAUUUCCUUCCACCUCCCUCCUGAGUGGUAUAAACAAAAGCAUUAAAGUGUAAUCCUGCCAUCAGCUAUAAUAUCACACUGCAUUUUGAAUAGAUAAUUUGAGCUAGGUUUUCAAUUCAAAAAGAAUAAUGAGCCACCUAAGAUAGAAACCAUUAGGGAGCUGUCUGGCUAUAUUUGGCUUACCACAACUUUGAGUAGACCUACAUCUGCUCUGGAGGUCACUUACGUCUCUUCAUCUUUCUUAGUACUUCCCAUCUUAUCUUGAGACUUAUUGUAAAUAAAAAGUGGCUUUGUUUGAUGUAUUUUUAUUUUGGAAAGGUUUACCCAUCCCAACCCACCCCUAUAAUGAUUUAGUUAUGGCUAGGGGGAAAGACUGAAGACACUGGUCUCAGAUACUAUAUUGCUGAAGAAAUUCAAACUCUAGGAAGAAAAUUACAUAGAAGGAAGCCAUCCACUUUAGAUGGUCUUUAUGUCCUUGAAUUUCAUGCUCAAGAGCACUUAUCCUGGAAAAUGACUUGUCUGGUCAAAGGAAUCAUUUAGGAAGAAGGUGGAAGCACUCAUCAGGUUAAAACAUUUCCAGUGAGGACUAGGAUAAAAGAAAUGAUAGCUAUCAAAAUCUUUUUGUUUCUUUUAAAGGAUCCCUCUAAAAUAUUGGCUACCAUUCAAUAAAGAUGAUUAUUUUUAAAAUUCAGGUUUUAAAUUUGACAAAUGGUAUACCAUAAAUCUGACUGCCUGAGUGGAGAGAAUUCAUGUUCUGAUGCUUUUGUGCUUUUGUGUGUCACAGAGCUUGUGGCUCUGUACCAUCUAAACAGAGUGUUGGGGUCCCUAUGGCUUAGACAGUGCAUCAUCACAGCCAAUGAGUCACAUUGAAACAAGGUUGUGGAACUACAAUGAUUGCCAAUUUUCCCCACCCCUCAUCCGACUCCUUUGCAUAUUGUUCCUCUCUUCAGUGGCAGGAAGAAUGAGAACAGCUUUUCAUGUCCUGAAUAUAAAUUAUUCAUUUUGUCAGGAUUUGUUAUCCCAAAACUGUAAUCUUGUGGAUUAUGAAAGGGCUAUAUGUACCAAGAAGCCCAUUCUGGGAGAGUAAAUCCUGUCUUAGAACAAGAGGGGUGCUUUGAGCAGUCCUUACUGGGUUCAAAUCAUUUAUAAGUGGGGAGAAAGAAUCAUAUUGUAAUUGAGGCUUUUGAUGUUUAUUGAGUUUAUCAGAGUGUGCAUUUCAUCAUAUGUAAAAUGUACAUCUCCUCAGCAAUUUGUAAGGAAAUUAGUUAAGAAGACUGCCUAGAAAAAAAGCAGAGGAAGUAAGAUAUACUGAUACAGUGUUGUAUACUAAAUAAUUUUCAUCAUUUUAGUCAUCAGUCUGAUUUGUGCAUUGCUUAAAAUUUGUGAUUUUAAGAACAUUCUAAAGAUAAGUUCCUUUUUUGUGACUUCUUAAGAAGUUGUUUUUACUAGGACUCAAUCACAGGCCUUCCUUUGGUAUAAGAAGGAAUGGGUAUCCUCUCCUGGUGAGUUUUGACUAUUGAAGUAAUACAUGGGCAGCCCCUUGCCCUGUUGUCGAGCACCUGUCAACUUCCAUGGGUGUGAAUCAUGGUCAUGGUCAUGGUCAGUCCUUCCUAAAUAAAAGGUCCUUCAGCUAAAUACACUGGGAAACAGGAGCCCAUUUCUCUUCCAAUGCUAUUGGGAGACAAUGCAUAGCACCUUUGUGGCCUGCAAUUUAACAUAUUCACCUGUACUUGAUUGACGCAUCUUACUACUUGCCUACUCAGAGUAGAAAAUCGAUGACUCCAGGACUCUGGGUUCACCUGCCAAACGUUAGAGUAUGUGUAUAAAACCAACUGCAGGAUGCCCUAGCUGGACAGGAAGCCCAUCCGCAAGCCUUGGUCUGCGCGGAGCCUGAGCACUUGGCGAGGCCUCAUGGGGUGGGGGCGUGGCCUGCGGGGCCACGUGGGCGGGCGGGGCCUGCGCAGAGGCCUUACCUCGUCCUAGCCGGGUUCCUCUGGCCCUCAACGGACUGUGCCUCUGCGGUGGCUUUCCUCCCUCUCUUCCUCCUGAGUGCGCAGCCAUGAGCUGGGCUGCCGCCGUGCUGCGGUCCAAACAGAGAGCCAGCGCGAAGCUCCUGGGCCCCGGGAGGGCACGCAGGCCCCCUCGGGCCGCGCAGGUCCCGCUGGGCGGCGGCCGGCUGCUCACGCCCGUGUCGGAGAUGGCGACCGUGAAGGGGGAGCUCUUCAAGAAUUUGGCUCCCGAGGAGCGCGUCCACCACACCAAGGUGUCCAUUAUAGGGAGCGGGUCGGUGGGCGUGGCCUGCGCCUUAAGCAUCUUGCUGAAAGGCCUGAGCGACGAGCUCGCCCUCGUGGAUGUUAACGAAGCCAGGCUGAAGGGCGAGACCCUGGACCUUCAGCAAGGCAGCGCCUUCGCGAAGCUGCCCAGCAUCGUGUGCAGCAGAGACUACCUGGUCACCGCCGACUCCAGCCUGGUGAUUAUCACGGCAGGGGCGCGCCAGGAGAAGGGAGAAACCCGCCUGGACUUAGUCCAGCGGAAUGUGGCCAUCUUUAGAUUGAUGAUUGCCAGUGUCGUCCAGUACAGCCCCCGCUGCAAACUGAUCGUGGUUUCCAACCCAGUGGAUAUCUUGACGUACGUAGCCUGGAAGUUGAGUGCGUUUCCCAAAAGCCGCGUUAUCGGAAGUGGCUGUAAUCUGGAUACUGCUCGUUUCCGGUUUUUGAUUGGACAAAAGCUUGGUAUCCACUCCGAAAGCUGUCACGGGUGGGUCCUUGGAGAACAUGGAGACUCGAGUGUUCCCGUGUGGAGUGGAGUGAACAUCGCUGGCGUCCUUCUAAAAGAUCUGAACGCAGCUAUAGGUACUGGUAAGGACCCUGAGCAGUGGGAAAAUGUCCACAAAGAAGUGGUUAACAGUGCCUAUGAGAUUAUUAAAAUGAAAGGUUAUACUUCAUGGGCCAUUGGCCUAUCUGUAGCUGAUUUAACAGAAAGUAUCUUGAAGAAUCUCAGGAGAGUGCAUCCAGUUUCCACCAUAAUUAAGGGUCUUUAUGGAAUAAAUGAAGAAGUAUUCCUCAGUGUUCCUUGUGUCCUAGGAGAAAAUGGUAUAACAGACAUUAUAAAGAUAAAGAUGACCCCUGAAGAGGAGGCCCGCUUCAAAAAGAGUGCAAAAACCCUUUGGGGAAUUCAGAAGGAGCUCAAGCUUUGAAGUUGUUUGGAGACACCAUUCUGAAGUUACUGAAGACAAAAUAUAGAUAUAGGAUUGUGUAUGCCAAGGUUUAGAAUAACUUGAAUUCCUAAAAAUUGAUGAAGAGGUUCCCCUCUUUAUUUAGCCCUCCAGGUUUUGUUUGUUUGGUUUUUAUUAUUUAGUAUCCAGAUGUUAUAUGGUACUUUUUACAAUUCUUGACUGCAACACAAAAGGGGGUUUUGAUGUCUCUUAUGUAUCAGUACUUUCCUUGAACAUCAGUGUCGUUGCUAUCUAGUCCAAAAACAAGUCUGUGUGGUUUUGGAUACAAAACAAAGAUAUUGGUGUUUAUUGUGUUAUAGAAAUUCCAUUCUUUUUGUUAAAUACAUACUAAUUCAUUCUGGCUCAUUGAUAAAUAUGUUCACUUAUAUACUCUUUUUAAAAGUUGUAACUUCCUCUAAUGUAUAAAUAAAGUUGUGUACACACAUGGUA